AUGGCACUGCUUCCAAUCAAAUUUCAUGAACAUCUUCAGUUGACCAAUGUGGGCAUUCGCCCGCAAAACAUUUGUUUCGCAAAUGUCACCAUGGAAUCGGACAAAUUCAUCGUCGUUCGCGAAAUGAUCGGGGACUCUCAGCAAGUGGUUAUUAUCGAUCUCGCAGAUCCGAUGAAUCCGCAAAGGCGACCAAUAUCUGCUGAUUCGGUCAUUAUGCAUCCAUCAGCGAAAAUCAUCGCUCUCAAAUGUGAAUCGUUGAAAUUUUUUUUCUCAGAAACGGGUAAAACUCUCCAAAUAUUCAAUAUUGAACUGAAAGCAAAGGUAAAAGCACAUCAAAAUGCUGAGGAUAUCAUUUUCUGGAAGUGGAUCAAUGAGAAAACAAUCGCGUUGGUCAGCGAGACAGCUGUCUAUCACUGGUCUAUCGAAGGAGAAAGCGCACCAACUAAAAUGUUUGAACGACACCAAUCAUUAGCUGGUAGCCAAAUUAUCAACUAUCGUGCUGAUACGGAGUGUAAAUGGCUGGUUCUUGUUGGAAUAGCUGCUAAGGAGAAUCGUGUUGUUGGAAGAGAAAGCGCACCAACUAAAAUGUUUGAACGACACCAAUCAUUAGCUGGUAGCCAAAUUAUCAACUAUCGUGCUGAUACGGAGUGUAAAUGGCUGGUUCUUGUUGGAAUAGCUGCUAAGGAGAAUCGUGUUGUUGGAAGUAUGCAGCUGUACAGCACCGAGCGAAGGGUUUCACAACCCAUCGAAGGACACGCCGCAUCUUUCGUUCGCUUCAAAAUGGACGGGAAUCCUCACCCAUCCAAUCUGUUCUGUUUUUCUGUUAAAAAUGAGGCUGGAGGCAAACUUCACGUCAUCGAAGUUGGUUCGCCUCCAGCUGGUAACCAGCCAUUUCCAAAGAAAGCUGUCGACGUUCCAUACACAGCCGAGACUGCUAACGACUUCCCAGUUUCCAUGCAGGUUUGUUGCACUCACAAUCUUUUUUGCAUUUUCUCUUAG